UACUGGUACCUGACAGUCGGGCAUGCUUUAACAGAGUUCCUGGUGAAGGCUGGUUACACCCAUGAAGACCAAGUCAACAUUCUUCAUCACUUUACCAAAAUGGUCAUACCAUACCUAGGAGUCUCACCCAUCUCCGGACUGCCGCGCUGGAAGAGCUUUAUGACAGACAACCAUACACCCAUCGAACUAAGCUGGGACUUUCAUACAAGCAUAGAACAACCUAUAAUUCGCUAUUCCAUCGAGCCUAUCGGGCUUGAUGCCGGCACACCGGUUGACCCGAAUAAUGACAGAGCUUCGGCAGACUUCAAGCAAAGCUUGAGACAGGCUUUUCCAAACGUCAACAGCCCCUUGUUCGAUCACUUUGAAGCUGCCUUCCCAACCAAAGGAUAUGCCAAGAGCGGCCAAGAAGAUCACCCCUCAUCCAUGUUCUGGGCCUUUGACCUCAAAAAGGGAGAGAUCGUGAACAAAGUCUACUUCUUCCCUGGCUCAGUGACAUGCACAGCCAAUCAGCCGGAGUUGAUGGUCAUCUCAGAUGCCAUCAAGUCAGCCCCUGGGUGGGAAUCGGAAAGUCUUGGCUCUUUCGACACCUUUGUCGACUACGUGGACCAACACUCAGACUCGGGGUUCGAAGUAGACAUGUUGGCGCUGGACCUGGUUCCCAGCGAAAGUUCCAGAAUCAAGAUCUACUUUCGAGACAGAAGAACGAACUUCCAGGCAGUCAAAGACACGAUGUCCCUGGGAGGACGGUUGCCUUGCUCUAGCCCAGACGUUGAGGAGGGCAUGCAAAAGUUAAGGCGACUAUGGAACACCUUGCUUGGCACAGGCAAUGCCGCCGACGACAUCUCUCUCCCGUAUAAAGACCAUAGAACAGCCGGUAUUCUUUAUAAUGUCGAAAUUCGUCGACAUAAUGAGAUGCCCAAGGUCAAGGUCUAUAUCCCUGUCCGCCAUUAUGCCAAGAAUGACCAGCAUAUUGCUAAGGCUCUGGCGGGCUUUUUAUCUGAGGAGGCUAGA